CAGGAUAACCGGGAUGCAGAGGCGUUCCUGAAGCCAGUGUCAAAGUCUGAGGUGCCGGAUUAUUAUGAGGUCAUCAUGCAUCCGAUGGACCUUCAGACGAUGCAGAAGAAGGUGAAGCAGAAGGCGUACAAGUCCAAGCGAGAGUUCAAGGACGACCUCGAUCUCAUAUGGAGCAACUGCUUUAGCUACAACGCCACGGAGGUAUGUGCGGCAAGCGGCCCGCGCAAUCACCCACUCCGGCAGUGCGCGACGCGUCUCAAGGCCAAAGCCGAGAAGCUCCUGAAGAACAUUACCGACAGAAGAGAGCGCCUCGAUCCUCCAGUACCCUCUGACGCCUCGCGUGGUGGCACCCCGAAGCUGAACGGCACGGUCAACGGUCAUGCUGUUGUGCGUUCGCGUUCGGUCGCCUUCACAAAGUCCCCUAGCCCGUCAAAACCUGUCGGCGUUGCAACCGCAAGACGUGAUGCGCAGUUUCCGGACCAACCGGCCAUCGUGCGGACGACGGAGGGAAUGGUGGAGUGGCUGCAGCUGGACAAGGAGCUUGAUGCGCGGCUGAACGGCGAGCUUCUGGCCAACGGGUUCAGCGGACCUAGCGUGGAAGAGAGGUUGAGGCAGUACGUUGGUCUGGGACCAGAGGGACAUGACGAAGAUAGGGCGUCAAUGGAUGGCGAAGUGGGCGAGAAGCGCAAGCUCCCAGGGGAGAGCGGCCCACGGAAACGCCCGCGAACAGGUUCAACGGAGAAGGACGCGGUCGACCUCUGGUGGGACGCGAUGCAAUCUGACUUCAUGAUCGGCCACGGCCUGCCUGUGCUCGCGCAUGUCAUCUCGGAGGAGCCCGCGGCCGUCGUACCGCCGACUGGCAUCGUCGACCCGCCACGGAAAGCAAGCCAGCGGCCGCGCAAGAAGCGCAGGAAACAGGCAGACGAACGCAUGCAGAAGACGCUGUUGUACCGCAUGAACGACAACGUCCGGACAUUACGUCGUGUGCGCGACGUUCACGCGCGGUUGACGGUGCUCAAGGAGACAGCGGACGACCCCACCAGUGGCGAGCCCUCGCUAUUGCUGCCGCCGGUGGACGACAUUGAAGACCCAAUAGAUGACCAGCCGUGGAGCAUACAGGCAUCAGGAGAUGAUAUUGGGGAGGAGCAUGCGGAUGAUUGUAUGCAUUGGAUGAGCUCAAAGGUGCUCGAGCAUGCCGGUUUUCAAGGCACAUCCAAGGUUGCGCUGGACGUACUCGCCGGAGUGGCCUCAGACUACCUCCUUAACGUCGGGCGCACAAUCCAAUUUCUCACCGAGAAGUAUGGGCACAAGAUGACGCCUGAAGAGAUUAUUCUACAUACUCUCUUCGAGGGGGGCGUGACUCGGGCACCGUAUGAUCUGGACCGGUACAUUAAGGAGGAUAUCGUGCGAUAUGGCAGCCGCAUGAACGACUUGGAGAAGAAGCUGAGUCAUGUGUACUCUGAAGCGACCGCGGAGCAAGCUUGGGAUGACGAAGCUCUCUUUGGCGCAGAAGAGAACGAAGAGGAAGAUGGCGAAUUUGUCAUGGGCAACUUUGCGGACGCAUUCGGCGAAGACUUUUUGGGCCUUCGGGAACUUGGUAUCGCAGCUGAAUUCGGCCUCUCCAGUCUCAGCGUCCCCAAAAAGUUGCUCAAGAGCAAAAAUAAGGGCGCGGCGCAAGGUGCACCUUCUGCGUACAAACCCUCCGAGCCACCACCACCCUUCCCUCCGCCGCCACCCUUCAUCCUGCUCGACUCGAAAACAGCCGAGGACCAGAUCGGCCUGCUCAAGUCGUUCUACCAACACCGCAUCGCGCAGAUCUCAGUACCAGUCUCGCCACCGGCACCGCCUCCAAUGCCUCCCUUCAAUACGACAUUACCCGGCGCCUCCGCGCCACCUCGGCCCUUCCCCCAGGCCCCAUACCCUCCUCCAUCUCUGCCCGAAGCGCCGUCCCCGCCGCCCGUGACGCUUCCCGACGACGCGCCUGCGCAGGCCCACACGAAGCUGGGGCCGCUCGGGCAGGUGCUCAAGCCGAGCGCUGCGGCGAGCGCGGCGAAGAAGAAGGACAAGGCGCCUGCGAAGGGCAAGGGCCCUGCCGAGGGCCCUGGGCCUGGU